UGCUUUACAAACAAUUUGCUGCUGCAGAAAAGUGGAGUAAAUUAUAUUAAUUUAUAUCUUCACAACACACACGUCUCGGUAGACAACAGCAGAAACAAUGGCAUCACAGGCAGUAAACAAAACCGGCUCCGGUUGGCCACGCCGGAACAGCCAUGGCACUGGGCUGACGGAAAUGAAUAAACUACAAACAAACCAAUCCAUGACAUUAAACCGCACGAUAAAUCUCUACCCACUGACUAACUAUACCUUCGGCACGAAGGAACCCCUGUUCGAGAAAGACCCAUCGGUGCCGGCCCGGUUCCAGCGGAUGCGUGACGAAUUCGAGAAAAUUGGAAUGCGACGUUCGGUUGAAGGUGUUCUGCUGGUUCAUGAGCACGGUCUUCCCCAUGUGUUGCUGCUGCAGCUUGGUACAACGUUUUUCAAACUGCCUGGGGGAGAGCUGACGGCCGGAGAAGAUGAAGUCGAUGGACUGAAAAGGCUUCUGACCGAGACUCUAGGGCGACAGGAUGGCGUAAAGCAGGACUGGAUUGUAGAGGACACGAUCGGCAACUGGUGGCGCCCGAACUUCGAACCCCCGCAGUACCCGUACAUCCCGCCGCACAUCACGAAGCCGAAGGAGCACAAGCGUCUGUUUUUGGUGCAGCUGCACGAGAAGGCAUUAUUUGCCGUACCUAAGAACUACAAGCUAGUGGCGGCACCUCUGUUUGAGCUGUACGACAACUCGCAAGGCUAUGGACCGAUCAUAUCAUCGUUGCCGCAGGCGCUUUGCCGAUUUAACUUCAUCUACAUGUAAGGAAGCUGGUGCACUCUAGUCGAAGUUCUCGUGCAGGAUCAGCCCGGCGGGCGUACCAGUACUGCACAAUGGGGCUAGUUGGUCGUCACUGGUGGAAUCCGCCGAUAACUGAUGCCGGGCAGUCCUAUGGCCGAUGACGUCGCGAACGAGCCUCCUUUUAAAAUGGUAGAAACGAACGGGAAUUAUAUUUAGUGAGGACAUUAUUUUACAGUACGUACAAGAAAGAUCUUUUUUGUCGGCUACUUUAAACCUAACUUUAACUGAUAACAAAUGUAAACACAACAAACAAUAAAAGAAAAUAACUCACCCAUGUAUUAAGUAAAAUCUAACGAAUGAAUUCUUUUGG